ACGAGCGGUAUCAGAGGCAAAGCAGGAAGCGACACUUCAUUAACUCGCAUGCCUUGUAUUAUUCAUGUCGCCGAAACCCUACGACACGAGUGGGCUGUUUGUUUUGGGCGUUUGGGGAAACACGUGGGAGAAUUAGUUUGUAUAUAUAGAGAGAAAGAAGAGAGUUUAAUGGCACAAAGCGGCGUUUCUUACCUAGGAGAUCACUCAUGGCGAUCCAGCAAGAACAGACGCGAUCUGAAGACUGCAGUGUGUUCAUGGAGUCGGAGCCUGUCAGUCGUUUGAAGUUUGAAUACAAAUCUUUGAGGAGAACCGUGUGCUGUGUUCACUUCAUGACUGUGUUUUUCUGUCUCACCUGCUGUCUGGUCACUGUUAUGUUACAGUCAUACGCGUCAGGAUGCAAGGAAUAUCCGGAGUCACCAGCAACUGGAAUGCAGAAACAGACGAUGAAUGAUAUGGAUAAUGAAUUAAGAAGCAGUGGAAAAACUUCCCAGGAGCAAAUAUUCACACCUUUCAUCCGUCUGACAACUCUUGGAAAACAGAAUGAAGCUAAUGUAAGUUGGAAGCUUACCAGCGACAGCAAUGACAGCGCUGGAUUCUUCACUUUGGAUGGUGAUGGCAAAUCUCUGAUAGUGCACCGUGAGGGGACCUACAAAGUUCUUCUGCAGAUCACGUACAGGGGACUUAAUGGAGAGGAAUAUAACGAUAAGCUUCUGCACCACGAAAUUCAUCAAUACACUGGAUACCCAGUACACAUCCCAAUCCUCAUGUACAUGGAAACUGUGAACUUCAAGGAUCACUACUGGAAGAAAACUCUGUUCUCCGAGGUUGUUUAUUCUCUCAGUGAGGGGGAUAGACUCAAGGUGUGGUCCGAAAAUUACUCGCUCAUUGACGUGUCACUGUCACAAUAUAACGUCUUUGCCGUGUAUCCAAUUUUAAUUCAAAAAUGAUUUCUCUCUGUUGGAUUGGUCAGUUUAACUGUAAUAGUUUAAAUGUUUCAUUGCACAUUUAAUGUUAAUGGUACAAAGGAUAAACUAUCUUUUAAACACACUGUUUAUUAUAUAUGCUCUAAUUUAUGUUCUGAUAAUAUCUGGUAAUAAGUGUAUAUUUUGUUUAUUCUUAUUUAAUUUGAUUACUGUGAAAAAAUAAUUUGACAAAUCUGAAAUGUUAAUUUUUAAAUAAUUGCUGUCUAAAAUAAAAUGAAAGUGGUUACAACUUGAAAUUCUUUCAGUAUUUCAUUGCACAUUUUCUGAAGAACAAGAGCAUUAAAACUGUGAAAACAUAAAAAUCGAUGCAAAAUGACCAAAAUUAUUGUUUAAAAGGAAACAGAUAAGAGUAAAAGUAUAUAACACUGGCAGAAGAAAUGAUCAUAAAUGGUCCCUAUAGUUGUCGAUGUCGAUGAUACGUUUUCAAAAAGUAUACCUUUGUCCGAAUUUAUACCUCAGAGGGGCAUAUUGGAGCAAAUGUACUGUAUACAUAUGUACCUAAAUGCUUUUGUCACAUCAACAUAUAUUUUUAUGGUACUUUACCUAAACAAAUUAAGUUAAACAACUUUAACUUGUUUUUAUAAGUUACGAUGUGUCAACUUAUCACAGGUCAAUUAAAAUAGUACAGUUGACUUAAAACCAAGUUGUUUUCACUUCAUGUUUUAAACAGUGUGGUAAAUAUUAGGAACUCUUUUAAAGGUCCUUUAAUUCUGACAGUGUGUAAUGAUGCACAAUGCAUUGCAUUAUAUCCAAAUCAUGUCAAAUACUUCGUACUAUCGUGUACAAAUAAACAUAUUAUACUCUACAGUAUUUAUGUUAUUCUAAACAUAUUAUCUAUUGAUUAAACAUUAAGGAUUUAGGUUGCAAACCAAGGCAUGACACACACACAUGUACCAUACUGUAUUUAAUGUAUAUAUUGCAUUUAUUUUAUUUACAUUUUACUUUUAUUUGAACUAUUGUUCAACAUAAAUGUCAU